GGAAGUGACGUGCAGCCGGGCCGGGGUUUGCCGCCGGGGCUGGGCGCGGCGGGAGCCGUCACGUCAUGGCCGGGAAGUGCCAGUUACCGCUGACUUUUGAGGACGUGGCGAUCUACUUCUCGGAGCAAGAAUGGCAGUGCCUGCAGGCGUGGCAGAAGGAGCUUUACAAGCAUGUGAUGGAGAGCAAUUAUGAGACCCUCGUUUCUCUCGGUGGCGGCCUGCCCACACCGGAGCUGAUCCUGUGUCUGCAGCGGGGCAGAGUGCCCUGCGGGCCACCCGGCCGCAACGCGGGCUGCACUGCCGAGGUGCCUUUGGGUGCAGUCCAUGAGGGCCCGCUGCUGCAGGGGAGCCCGCAAGCCGCAAGCUGCGGGGACACCCCACGGCCAGUGCGGGAAGAGCCCCCGGGGAGCCACUGGGCCUGGGAGUCCCUCUCAGAAGGGGACGACGCCUUCCCAGCCCACCGCAGCCUCCCGAGCCCGCAGAGCUGUGACACUCGGACCCCGCCGCAGCCGGCCCCGGGGCUCAGGGCCCUCACCCAGAUAGAGAGACCGCCCAGCUUCCAGGAGCCCCCGAGCUGGGAGGGCGCCCCGCGCGCAGGGGAGGGACCGAACUGUCCCCGGGGGAGCCGCUCGCAGGACCAGCCCCGCAGGGCCCAGAGACACCUCAGCAAAGCAGCGGACGCCGCGCUGCCCCCGGGCUGCGGCUCCCCGCGGGAACAGGGCUCUGUGCAGUGUCCCGCGUGCGGCCGGGCUGCGCUCCUGGCGGCGCGCGGGUGGCAGCGCGCAAAGGGGCCCGCGGGGAAGAGCCGCUGGCAGUGUCCAGCGUGUAAGGCGUGCUUCCUCGGCCGGCGCCCGCGGGGGGACAGGGGGCUUCUCCCCAGGAACGGCGCGCGGCCUCCGCCCGGCGGGGCCGGCACAGAGAGGCCGGGCCCCGGGACCGAGCGGGCCGGGAGCCCCGCUGCGCCCGCCGUGCAGAAGCCGGAGCACUUGCCCCGGGGCCACGCGGCCAAGAAGCGCGGGCCCGGCUCUCCGCGGCGCUUCCCGUGCGGGGAGUGCGGCCGCGGCUUCCGGCGCCAGUGCCAGCUGCGGGAGCACCUGCGCGUGCACAGCGGCGAGCGGCCCUUCCGCUGCGCGCAGUGCGCCAAGAGCUUCCACCUGAAGGGCAUCCUCACCGAGCACGUGCGCACGCACGGCCCGCGGCCCUUCCCCUGCGCGCAGUGCGGCCUCGCCUUCACGCGCCGCUCCAAGCUGGCCGAGCACCUGCGCGUGCACAGCGGCGAGCGCCCCUUCGCCUGCCCCGACUGCGAGCGCAGCUUCCGCCUCAAGGCGCAGCUGCUCAGCCACCGGCGCCUGCACACGGGCGAGCGGCCCUUCCCGUGCCCCGACUGCGGCCGCCGCUACUGCUCCCGCGCCACGCUGCGCGCGCACCAGCGCCUGCACCUGGGCCCGCCCGCCUUCACGUGCGCGUGCGGCAAGGCGUUCGCCAAGCGCUCCAAGCUGGCCGAGCACGAGCGCACGCACACGGGCGAGAAGCCCUUCGCCUGCCCCGACUGCGACAAGCGCUUCCGCCUCAACACGCAGCUGCGCAGCCACCAGCGCCAGCACGCGGGCGUGCCGCCCUACCGCUGCCCCGAGUGCGGCAAGGCGUUCCGCGAGCGCGGCUACCUGGUGCGGCACCAGCGCAUCCACCAGCCCGAGCGGCCCUUCACCUGCGCCGACUGCGGCAAGGGCUUCAUCUACAAGUCCAAGCUGGCCGAGCACGCCCGGGUGCACGCCAAGCUGCGGCCCGCGGCCCGCGACGCCAGCGCCCAGCCCGGGCGCCGCCGGCCCUUCGUCAUGAUCGAGGCCGACUGGAGCUGAGCGCGGCUGGGUGCCAGCGCCAGAUACAAGGCCGCGUGGGAGAAGCCGCAAAGGACACUUUUUGCGGCGGGGGGUUCCACAUCUGCCGGUGCUCGGGGUUCCACAUCUGGCAGCGCUCGGGACACCAUAUGGGAUGCCCGGGAUGGAACCCGGGGGCGGGGGCCGAGUGUAAGGCGGGCGCCCUCCCCGCUUGCUCUCACUCCAGCGACGCCCCGGAUCACCUUUGAAACAUCAUCCCGGACCCUCGAGCCCUAAGCUUUGGUGCUUGCCCUUCCUGCCCGAUGAAGUCGGGACCGGCUCCCCACCCUGCCUCUAAGCUGCUCCUGAACCCCAGCUUGAGGACGGGAGAUCUUCCCAGUGCGGUUCCCAAGGCUGCGGGGGCUGUUUAAUGUCAGCUUCUCUGGGGACGAGCCCGAGCUCCCCUUAAAGCCUGGGUAACAAUGUUGGGUUUGGGCCCAGCCCUCCCUUUGGGCACCGGCAGCAAUAAAGGGCGUCUGCCAAGCCUUG